AUGUUCCGCGCUUCGAGGACUUAUGCAAAUGCAUUGUUGUAUGGAGGCUCACGACCUCGCAGUUGUGGAAUCCCUGCACAAUUGGCCCCCCUGAAAUCAGUCGUUCGGAACUACACAACGGCACUCACGGGCCCUGCGAGCAACACACGAACAGCAACAACAUCAAAAUGGACGCGCCGAUUCAUUUAUGCCGCGCUAUUCGGUAGCAUAGGAUAUUAUACGGGCCACGCAUACACGACCGGAUAUCUGUUUCCUGCCAUACCAGGCUCCCCAGAGGACGUGCAGAAGACACAACAGAUUCAACAACUAGUCGAGUAUCUCCCGAUUGUUCGCAAGCUGAGAGCCGAUCCCAAAUACGUUGAAUGGGAUGCAUACGAAAGCUUCACGGAGGAGUACAAGUCUCGAAGGCUCAGUAGUGGUCCUUUGAGAGGUAGUCGGGGUCUUGCGGUACAGAAAAUUUUCUGGAACGAAGAGGAUAAGGAAUGUGUGAAUGUGGUUUACUUUGGACAUGGUUUGGAUGGGUGGCUGAGUGUUGUUCAUGGAGGACUGUUGGCGACUGUGCUAGACGAGUCGCUCGGGCGCGUCGCGUUGCGAUCUGUACCCGCGAAGACUGGAGUUACUGCCCACCUCAGCGUCGGAUACCGAGCUCCGGUAUCCACAGGAGAGUUCUACACUAUUCACACAAGCCUAGACAAGGAGCGCUCUUCGGAUCGCAAGGCAUACGUUAACGGAGAAAUUCGAAGCUUGGCGGGCAAACUCUGUUGUGAAAGUGACGCUUUAUUCGUUGUACCCAAGAAUUUUGCACUUCAAGAGAUAGGAGAUCGCUUCUGA